AUGGAUGAAGAUCAUUUUCCGGGACAUAAAAGAAGUACGAAGAGUGAAGAAGUCAAGGAUUUUGACAAGUGGUCAGAUGAAGCAAGACGACAUGAUGACAAAAAGUGUUUCGUAAUUUACCAUGGCAACGACUUUAAAUUGCGUACACUGUCAGUUGUUGCCGACUCCAUGGAUGAGUGUGCAAACUGGUGCAAGGGACUGGAGCUGUUGAUAGAAGGAGCUAGAGUGGCUUCACAUACCCUAGUGGUGGAAAGGUGGCUCAAUCGAGAAUUUAACAGCAUCAUAGAGAGAGAGAAGAGGGUGUCACUGAGGAACAUGAAAACCUGGACCACCAAAAUCAACUGUAAACUUACCACAAGCAAGUUGAGGGAGCUAUACCAGAACGUGGACCAACAAAGGAGGGGAGAGAUUGGAUUGGAUGAGUUUACGAAGCUCUACCACCAUUUGGUUCACGUGCCCACUGUAAUUGAUGAAUAUUUCAACAGUUUCAUGAAGAAGCUUCACACCGACCGAGUGGCAACUGUCGAGAAAAUGCAUGUCUUCAUACAGCAGGAGCAAAAGGAAAACCUGUCACAGAUGGAGGUGAAGCAGCAGAUGGAGGUGUUUCUUGAUGACAGAGGUCGAGAGAUUGCCAACCAGUUUUUCUUCAAUGAACAAGAGUUUAUUGACUACCUCUUUUCCAAACAAAACACAAUAUGGGACAGCAAGUAUGACAGUGUGACGCAGGACAUGGGUCGUCCUCUGACCCACUACUGGAUAGCGUCUUCACACAACACGUACCUGACAGGGGACCAGUUCUCCAGUGAAUCUUCAGUGGAGGCAUAUGCUCGCUGUCUGCAAAUGGGCUGCAAGUGCCUCGAAUUGGAUUGCUGGGAUGGGCCUGAUGGAUACCCAAAGAUUUACCACGGACAUACGCUAACCUCCAAUAUCCGCUUCCUAGAUGUGUUGAAAUGUAUAAAAGAACACGCCUGGUGUGUCUCUGAUUACCCGUUAAUCCUGUCCAUAGAGAAUCACUGUAAUCUGGGUCAACAGAGGAACAUGGCUAGUGCUUUCAAGGACAUAUUUGGUGAUAUGCUGCUUACAGAAGCAGUUCUUAAAGAAUCUUCAACGUUCCUGCCAUCUCCUGACCAGCUCAAACAAAAGAUUAUACUCAAGCAUAAGAAACUUCCCAGUGAUAUGUCCCAGGCUGACCCACAGGACUGCACUUUAGAUGAUACUGCCCGAGAAGGUGAUCUCAGUAAUUCUGUGAAGAAUGGCAUACUGUACCUGGAGGAUCCCAUUGAACAAAACUGGACUCCCCAUUUCUUUGUACUGACGGCCAACAAGUUGUACUAUAGUGAGGAGACAGCACAUCAGGAAGAGGAGGAGGAGGAGGAGGAAGAGGAGGUCAGUCGAGACAGAGAGAAAGAACUUCACUUUAGCGAGCCCUGGUUCCACAGCCGUCUACUUGACGGUAGGAAAGACGCCGAGCAGAAAUUGAAAGACUACGAAUACCUUGGAGACGGAACCUUCCUUGUACGUGAGAGUGACACCUUCGUGGGAGACUUCUCUCUGUCCUUCAGAUGGCAAUCGACAAUCAACCACUGUCGUAUAAAAUCAAAACAAGAAAUGGGACAGUCGAAGUACUACCUGAUUGAAGGGACCAUGUUUGACAGCCUCUACAACCUGAUAAUGUACUACCGCACCCACCCACUCAAGGGCAACACAUUCUCAAUGACCUUGAGGGAGCCUGUGCCCCAGCCUCAGAGUCAUGAGGGAGCAGAGUGGUACAAUGCCAAUGUGGAUCGUAAGGAGGCUGAGAGAAUGCUCACCAUGAUACCAUACGACGGAGCAUUCAUGGUCCGAACAAGUGAUAAACGCAGUGAGAAUGACCAGUCCACCUAUGCCAUCUCCUUCAGGGCGGAAGGAAAGAUCAAGCACUGCCGUAUCCGUCAGGAGGGGCGCCUGUUCACCAUAGGUGAUGCAGAGUUUGAGAGUCUAACUGAGCUUGUACACUACUAUGAGAAAAACCCAUUAUAUAAGAAGAUGAAACUGCGAAAACCGGUCAACAGUAAGGUGGUGGAGGAGGAAGGGCAGGCCUCGGCAAUGGCUGCAGAGGAGCUCUAUGGGGAGGGUAUCUAUCACUUCCCGAAUGCUUACACCUCUCAGGUAACGGUAAAGGCUUUACAUGACUACCAGGCCAACUGCGAGGAUGAGCUGACCUUCUACAAGGGCUCCAUCAUCUACAAUGUCAACAAGCAGGAUAGUGGAUGGUGGCGUGGAGAUUAUGGUGAGAAGCGUCAGUACUGGUUCCCAGCCAACUAUGUGGUGGAGCUGGAGUCCAAGGAUGAGUCCACAGAGAACACGCCGCUUGGCAACCUGCAGAAGGGCGUCAUUGACGUCACUGGAUGUAUAACAGAGGUGGUUCAGGCCAGAGGCAACAAGCCUUGCUGUUUCCGCAUCUACAGUCCGUCCAUCCCAGGGUCUGGUCACCUGGAGAUCGCGUGUGACUCUGAGAGUGACAUGAAGGACUGGGUAGAGAACAUACGCUUGUGUGCUGACAAUCUCCACGAUCAGAAAAAAGCCGAGGCAACAGUAAAGAAGCAGAUAGAAAGACGCAACAUGAUAGCCCAGGAGUUUUCAGACCUGAUUGUUUAUUGUGUAGCUGUGCAGUUCAAUGAAAAGUUUCAAGGUUCUGGCAACUGCGUCGAGAUGUCCUCCUUCCAGGAGACCAAGGCAGAGGGUCUGUGUAGCAAGUCCAAGGCUCUCCAGUUUGUGAAAUACAACUACCGUCAACUCAGUCGGGUUUAUCCAAAGGGGUCCAGAAUUGACUCGUCCAACUACAACCCUAUCCCGAUGUGGAAUUGUGGGUCUCAGCUCUGUGCACUCAACUACCAGACGGCUGACUGGCCCAUGCAAGUCAAUCAGGGACGCUUCCUCAUGAAUGGAAUGUGUGGUUACGUAUUACAACCAGACUGCAUCUGGUCUGAAGGCUACAGUCCAUUUGACAAGAGGUCUGUGAAAGUGGAUCCUAUGACCAUCUCUGUCACGGUGAUUGGGGCUCGGCAUCUGAUGAGGCCGAAACAGAAAUUGGGCAAUCCCUUUGUGGAGAUUGAGAUUGUGGGGCUAGACUGUGAUAACAACAAGUGGAAGACAUUGUCCACACAAAUGAAUGGGUUGAACCCAGUUUGGUCCAAGCAAACCACAGAUUUUGACAUCCACUGUCCCGAUCUUGCUUUGAUACGGUUUGUGGUGAACGACGAAGACACGUUUGGGGAACCAAAAUUUCUUGGACAAGCCACAUUCCCUGUAAAGUGCUUGAGAACAGGCUAUCGAAGCGUGCCCUUGAAGAAUGAGUACAGUGAGCCGCUGGAGUUGUCUGCCCUGCUUGUUCACGUUGACAUACGCAACCCUCAGGAGGAGGACAAUGAUAUCUACUCGUGCCUGCAAGAUUUGCAAGAUCAGCGUGAGGACCUAAGCUCACGGAUAGCCGAGCUCGAGCUCAACGGAGACCUCCGCCAGGCUCAACAGGUCCGUCAAGUUCUGCAGGAAACGGAGGCAACCAUCGUGAAGAAGAACCAGGAACGCCAACAUAGGAAGCUAUUGAAUUAUCUGAAAUCUGGCAAGAUUGGUUACCAGGGAAACCAGAAUGUUGCACCAAAUCUCAAGCGAUUUAGUGUCACCUCCGUUUGAAAUACAUCCAAAAGAGUAGUGUACCGGAGAACGUCUACAAGUUGAACAACAACAGCAACUAGUUUAUAAGUAGAUACCAUUAAUUCAUAUAACCUUUGUGAUUCAUGACCAUGGUCAUAAUUGAAAACAUCCACUUUCUUUAAGAUGCCAAAAUCAAACGUUUUCAUCAAUUAAGGAUGAGAAGUAACAGUGAUGAAGUCUAUCAGACAUUUUUUGUCCUCAUGUGCUUAAUGGCGUUGCAUGGCUGAAGAGGAGAGCUUGAAAUAAUGUUGAAGUAUUACUGUGCAAAAGACCAAUGGCAACAAACCAAAGAAAUGGGCUGUUUGUGUGAGUUGUUAGUGAUCAAAUGCCUUGUUGUGUAUCUGAAUUAAAAAUGGCAUGUUUGUUA